UCAAGCAAUUAACACAAAGCUAAGCUUCAUUAAGUUACAUACAUAUACAUAUACAAUCAUAUUGUCUAGCUAUAUAUUUCAUGGCUUCUUGUGCUUAUUAUUCCGUACAAGUCUCGUCAGCUAUGCUCUCGUAUCAUUCAUCAAAGAGAUCUGUCACCGCUGCAAUCAAUGUCCCCAAGCUUCCUAGAAUCGAUUUCAAAUCAUCAGUGCCUAAGAUACCCUCCAAACCUAAGCUUGAGGAUUUCAGGUUCAUAGACACUGCUACUCCUUUGUUAGACAAGAAUCUGAACAAUCAAGUGCAACAUUCUAAUAAUAAUAACAAGGUUCUUGUUCAACUCUAUGCAAUCUUGGAGGCUGUAGCUGACAGAAUCGAAAUGCAUCAAAACAUUGGGGACCAACGUGACAACUGGAACACUCUUCUCUUGAAUUCAAUCAACAUGAUCACUCUCGCCGCAACCACCAUGGCUGCUGUUGCCGCCGCAACUGGGCCAACUCUGGCUUUGAAACUAUCUUCUGCUCUACUGUUCUCCGCCGCCACGGGGAUGCUGCUCAUCAUGGACAAGAUCCAGCCCUCUCAACUCACCGAGGAACAGCGUAAUGCAACUCGAUACUUCAAGCAGCUUCAGUCCGAAAUUCAGACAACACUUGCUCUUGGAAAUGCCACUGAGGAAGACGUGAAGAAUGCAACAGAGAAGGUUUUGGCACUUGACAAAGCUUUCCCACUUCCAUUGUUGGGAGCCAUGCUUGAAAAGUUCCCUUCUAAAUUUGAACCUGCUGUUUGGUGGCCUUCUACUACUCAGUCCCAAAAGAAGGGGAAAAUAAUGAACAAUGGAUGGAGUGAAGAAUUAGAAGCGGAACUUAGAGAGAUCGUUGAAGUAGUGAAGAGAAAAGACAGCGAGGACUAUGAGAGACUUGGGAACAUAGCAUUAAAGACGAAUAAGGCUUUGGCCAUUGCUGGCCCUUUGCUCACCGGCAUUGCUGCAGCUGGAUCUGCAUUUCUUGGCAAUGGUAAUUCAUGGGCUACAAUGGUGCCUCUCAUGGCUGGUUCUUUGGCUGCCGCAAUCAACACAUUCGAGCAUGGAGGCCAAGUUGGUAUGGUGUUUGAAAUGUACAGAAACUCUGCUGGCUUCUUCAAGCAGUUAGAAACCUCCAUUGAAUCAACUUUGGAAGAGAGUGAUGUGGAGAAAAGAGAAAACGGAGAAUUGUUUGAAAUGAAGGUGGCAAUGAAAUUGGGAAGAAGCGUAUCACAGCUGAGGGAACUUGCCUCAAAAUCUGCUUCCUGUCGAAUGGAGGGAAUCACGGUUGAUGAAUUCGCCAGCAAGUUAUUCUGAGAGAGGCUAUUAACAUCAUUAAUUCAUUCAUUCAUGAUUAGUUUAACUUUCUUAAAAGUGUAUAUGCGACUGUAGCAUGUAAUUAAUCAUAUAUAUUCUUUCAUUCAUUGUAUUGUGUAACAAUUAUACACAUGGUAUAUAUGCAUAUUUUGGAUCAACUUAUACAUUCAUUUCUCUUCAGUCUUCAAGCAUGAAAAAUAGGAUUAUAGAAUAUACCGUGGUCUUCUCUUUUUAA